AUGACUGCAAUUAUUACAUAUGAAUACUAUUCCGCAUCGUCAAAGUAUCUAAAUUUAACACAAGAAAAUCUAACCAAUGGCAUUGUUUCAUCUAAAGGCAGUCAAAUGUUAGUUCCGAAAGGACCAGCAUUUAUAUUAAUGGACUCACAAGGGAAAUAUGAUGGUUGUCUACAACGCGUUAAUAUUUUUAACUAUUCAAAAGGUAUUGCUAUUAUACAACGAGGUGGCAAUUGCACAUUCAGUGUUAAAAUAUCACGUGCAAAACAAUAUGGUGCUGCAGCUGUUAUUGUUUACGAUCCUCAAGCGACUGGUCAAGAAACCUAUGAUAUUGUGCAAAAUACUUCAGAUAUAUUGUGUUUAUAUGUUCAACAAUCAGUUGGCUCAACGUUAUUUCAACUAGCAAACGAUGGUAGAGCACGUUUAUAUAUAGCAUUACAACCAAUCAAUGGUAAAUUCGACGAUUUAAAUCUGGAUGAUAUAUGGAACAGUUCACAAGGAGCCGUUGUAUUUAUUAUUAUAGCAAUAAGCAUACUUAUUUGUUCGUGUUUUUCAUGGCUUAUUUUUUAUUGCUUUCAACGAAAUCGUGUGCGAACGACGAAAGAUCGUUUAGAUAAUCGUCUAGAAAAUGCCGCUAAAAAGGCCCUAACGAGAAUACAAUUAGUAACUAUACAUGGAAAUCAUCAUUCAGAAGAAUCAUGCGUUAUAUGCUUAGAUACAAUCAAAGACGGUGAUACUGUACGAGAAUUAACGUGUCUGCAUAGAUUUCAUCAGAACUGUGUUGAUCCAUGGUUGAUUAAUCAUCGGCAUUGUCCAUUAUGUAAUCUUGAUAUACUUGCUGCAUAUCGUGUAUCAAUACCAGGAGCAAGUACUGAUCUCAGUUCAAAUCAAUCCGAAAAUCUAACACCAACAUAUACUAAUACGAUAACGAGCGCAACUGUAUUGCCAAUUACUACUGAACAAGACAGUCAUCGUCAAGAUGACGCGUCACAAUCACAACAAGUUCUUGUUCAUACACAGCCGCAACCUAUUCCAUCGAUAUCAGCUACAAUAAAAGAUCGUAUGCAUGGCGAAGAAAAUCCAUCGUUUCGAUCAGAUGACGAUCACUAUUAG